AUGUCCCUUGUUCUGUCACCUGUCACCUGUCCUGUCAUCAUCCAAUGGGUGUUUCAGGUGCGUUUACAUUACAGUCAAACUGAUAAUUAAUGCGUGAUUAACAACAAACUCCCACAAGGAUCACACAAAAUGCUUUCACCGAACAGUUCUCCAGACCGAGCCGGGGCCGACACGCCGGAAGACCAAAACAAAGACGGCAAAACCGUCAAUGAAAUAAUGGUCAUAGAUCCAGACACUCUGGAGCUGGACCUGAACCAUGGCAGAAUCGGAAAACUGGAAAACCUGGAACCUUUAACCCAAAUCGAACGCCUGUACUUGAGGUGGAACCUGAUCAAGAAAAUCGAGAAUUUGGACACGCUAGUGACCUUAAGGGAGCUGGAGUUGUACGAUAACCAGAUCGUGAAAAUCGAGAACCUUAAUUGUUUGGUGAACCUUGAGAUUCUAGAUUUGUCAUUUAACCGGAUAAAGGAGAUUGAAGGGUUGGACAAUUUGCAGAGCUUGGAGAAGUUGUUUUUGUCUUCGAACAAAAUAUCCAAGAUUAAGAAUGUUAAUUGCUUGCAGAAGUUGACUAUGUUGGAGUUGGGGGAUAACAAAAUUAGGGAUAUCGAAAACUUGGAUGGUUUGACAAGCCUCACACACCUCUACCUCGGCAAAAACAAAUUCAACAAAAUCAAAAACCUCGAUACGUUGGUAAACCUGACGUGCCUCAGCCUGCAGAGCAACCGAAUCACGAAAAUCGAGAACCUGGAAAACCUGACAAAGCUGACCGAGUUGUACAUCUCCGAGAACGGCAUCAAGAAAAUCGAAAACCUGGAGAAGAACACCCUCGUAGAGACCCUCGACCUGGCGAAGAACCAGGUCAAAGUGAUCGAGAACAUCGCUCACCUGCAGGAGCUGGAGGAGUUCUGGAUGAACGACAACCAAGUGUCCGACUGGAACACCGUCCAGAACCUCGCGAGCAACGCCAAGUUGGCAACAGUGUACCUGGAGGGCAACCCGGUGGACCGGGACCCAAUGUACAGGCGGAAGCUGAAGAUAAUCGCCGCGUCCUUGACGCAGAUCGACGCGACUCUGUGCCGUUAAUCUUGUCACUUUUUGAAUUUUUAUUUUUGCUAAGUUCCGUUCUGUAAGCGAAAAGUGUCGCUGAGCGCCCACUUGUUUAUUUAUUCCACUGAUUAGCUAAUGAUUAAUUUUAGGCGUCUAAUAAUAGUUAACAUUUGUAAAAAAGGAAUUUUGAUAAGUGCGACGACCAGAUCCCAAUAAAAUAAAACGUGUUA